AGACACAACAAAUUCCAGUUCCAGCCUAUCCCAACAAUCCCGGUGAAUCCUAGGCACAGGAAUGAGCACAUAGACAACAAUUGGUGCUGUAGGAAGCUGGGAAGCCGGCGCAUGUGUUAUUGACUUUGUGCUGGAAAAGCCGCUCCUUCAAUCAUGUCUGUGUUGUCCUUUUAAUGUUGUUUUAAAUAUUGACUUAUAGAUUAAAAUUAAUUGCUUUAAAACUAUAUGUGGAGGAAUACAUUUGAAGUUCAGUCAGUAUAUUAAUGAAGAAAAUGGAGAGUGGCAACAGCUUGGAAUCCAAUUCGUUGGAAGAUAUCCAGUUUUAUUCAUCUCAUAUACAUUUGUACAAAGCAGCAGGAUCUAAAGCUACACAGACAGACCGCAGGAAGGCACUCCUGAAAGCUGUCAAAGACAGACAUAAUGCAUCCAUUGAUGAAAAACGUGGCAUUACUGAAUUGUUCUCUGAUACUGAGACAAAUGAUGAAGAAGAACCAAUGGAGGGAGUCUGUGAGGGAGCCAGAAGGAGACGUAGAAAGUAUGCAGACAAAUUGAUGCUGUCAGAGUAUUUCAUUGAAAGACCUGAUGAUUUGGAACACAAUUGGAUUUUCAAGCUUUGCCCAUUGGGAGUGCGCAAUUUAGUUGUUGCCCACAAUAGGACAACUAAAGCUUACAAUAAGAAUGGAGUCCUCCAGUCUGAAUUUGAAUCAUUGUUGCCUGGUGGAGCUGGAAACAAGUGUGGCUCAAAAUUCACUAUACUGGAUUGUAUCUUUAGUCCCACAACUAGUGUGUACUACAUAAUUGACAUACUUGCAUGGAAUUCAUUUUCCUUAGUGAACUGUUCGACCGAAUUUCGAUUCUUCUUCUUAAAGUCGAAACUGGAGGAAAAUCACGAUAUUACACAGAAAACCAAGAGACACAGGUAUCCAUUCCUUGAUGUAAUUGGGCGCCCGGCUCAAUUGAAUCUGAUCGAGGACGUCUUAUCUCAUUUUAUGGAGAAUGAAAACGAAGAGAAACUUGAUGGAGUGUUGUUCUACCAUUCCGAAGUCGACUAUCGCGGCGGAUGUACGCCUUUGGUUGGAUGGCUGAAACCGUAUAUGGUUCCAGAGAUAUUGGGAAUUCCGGUGGCCGCUGAAUACAUGUCCGAGAAGCCAGAGAAUUACACGAGUUUGAAAGACCGCGUGGAAAAAAUGAAAACCGCUUAUUCCAAAACAAAAACUCACAAACCGAGAAGGGAGAAGAGGAUAAAAGACGUGGAAAUGGUUAAUAUAGUAGAUGAUUUAGAGCUUGACUAAAUUACUCAUUAUUUUUUUGUUAAAAUGUGAUACAGAUUUUAAUGUAUGUUUUAAUGUGAUUAUAACAAUUGAGGCGUAAAAAUAAAUAUCUAAUAACGUU